UCCGGUAGGGUUUUAGACCUUCUUCCGGUAGGGUUUUUGACCUUCUUCCGGUGUGAUCGGCGAGGCCGCUAUAGAUUUUGGAUUAAGAUAAAGUUUAUCAAGUAACCAUGGAUUUUCAACAUCGACCAGGAGGAAAGACUGGGAGCGGCGGGGUCGCUUCCUCUUCUGAAAGCAAUCGAGAUCGAAGAGAGCGGCUGAGACAGUUAGCGUUGGAAACCAUUGACAUAAAUAAGGAUCCUUAUUUUAUGAAAAAUCACUUGGGUUCUUACGAAUGUAAACUUUGCUUAACUCUUCACAAUAAUGAGGGGAGUUAUUUGGCCCACACACAAGGAAAGAAGCACCAGACUAAUUUGGCACGACGCGCAGCGAAAGAGGCAAAGGAAUCACCAGCACAGCCAGCACCUGAGAAGGUUAAAGUGGAGGUGAAGAAAUUUGUCAAAAUUGGUCGGCCAGGCUACAAAGUGACCAAACAAAGAGAUUCAGAAGUGGGACAGCAAAGUCUCCUUUUUCAGAUUGAUUAUCCAGAAAUCGCAGAAACUGUAAUACCACGCCAUCGGUUUAUGUCUGCGUACGAACAACGAAUUGAACCACCUGACAGACGCUGGCAAUACUUGUUGUUUGCAGCUGAGCCAUACGAGACCAUUUCCUUUAAGGUACCGAGUAGAGAAAUUGAUAAAGUUGAGGGGAAGUUUUGGACACACUGGAACAGAGAAACAAAACAGUUUUUCCUUCAGUUCCACUUCAAGAUGGAAAAGCCUUUACAGCCACAAUCCUUGCCCAUUGGACCCCCUGGACUGAAGACCAGACCACCGCCGCCACCGAUCAUCAAUGGCAUGCCACCAAGGGGCCCCAUGCCGCCAGGCGCAAUGCCAACUCCGCGACCGGCAGGCAUGCCCAUGCCGCCAAUGCCACCUGGAGGCCCGGUGCCACCACAAAUGCCACCAGCUCCACAGGGACCACCACCCACUCCCCAGGGACCUCCCCCCACCCCGCAGGGACCACCCCCGACCCCGCAGGGACCACCCCCGACCCCGCAGGGACCGCCUCCGACCCCACACGGAAUGCCCCCGACCCCACAAGGACUGCCCCCACAAGGCAUGCCCCCACAAGGCCCGCCCCCACAAGGCAUGCCCCCACAAGGCCCACCCCCACAAGGCCCUCCCCCACAAGGCCCGCCCCCACAAGGCCCUCCCCCUCAAGGCCCACCCCCACAAGGCCCGCCCCCUGUUCAGAUCCUGCCCCCAGCUCCGCAAGGCCCGCCCCCGGCUCCGCAGGGCAUGCCUCCAGCUUCAAUUUCUGCUCCGAUUCCCACUCCGGCCUCUGUUCCACUGCCCACUAUGAUCCACAUUCCGGGUCCGUCCCCUGUUCCAGCUCUACCGCCAAUGUUAAGGCCUCCGCUCCCCAGUGAGUCUGUACAAAUUGGGGCACCUCCUAUUCCUCUCCCACCCCCUGGUAUGCCCCCUCCUCCUAACUGAACUUUACAUCAAUAUAACUUUUGUAGAUUGGCCUUUAAUUGUUAAUUUGGUAGUAUCUAUGUGUCUUGCAAAUGUACAAUACUUUGCGAUACUUCACCGACCAUUAAAUAAAUUUGACAGC